ACGGCUGCCUGGGGAACUCCAAAAAGGCAUUAUCAGUUCCUCUGAGGAGACAGAGAAAGAGAGAAGAAGAAGAAGAUCGUAAGAUCUUCAAUAAAAUCUAUGUUUGGAGUCUCCAGAAAAGAAAAGAAAAAGUGUAGUUGUAAUCGGAUAUCAUGUCAUCGUCAUCAUCGGUUGACAAUGGAUUACCCAACGGAGGAAACACAGGAGUAAUUGCCAUGGAGUGUCUUCCCUCAGAUGUCGUAUUAGACAUACUUUCUAGACUACCACCUGAAUCUGUUUUAGAUUGCAAAUUAGUUUGCAAAAGGUUACUAAAUAUCCUCAGUGAAUGGCGUAAUCAGUUUGCUAAGAUGCACCAUCAACAUCAACUACUACAAUUUGCUAGUAUCGGUGAUGCUUCUUCUUCUUCAACGGGUCUUCUUUUUACAUUUAAAAAGGAUGAAAAAGAUACAACAAUAGGAUCACGACUGUACUACGGUGACAUGUAUAAUGAUGAGAUGAAUAUCCAUGAGAGUUUCUCUUACAAGACACUUCAUAAAGCCAGCGUCAGCUUUCCUCGCAUGCUCGGGUCGGAUGUCAUAGUUGGUUCUUAUAAUGGACUGAUUUGUCUCCUCAGAUAUCACCAUGGAAUUCCUGAUCCUAUCCACAUAUGCAAUCCAAACACCGGAGAAUAUGUCAAUCUUCCUGAAUACGCUAUACGUGAAGAGGAGGAAUAUGCAGCCGCCUAUGGAUUUGGAUGCAUCCAAUCAAUGACUAAUAAUCAGUACAAGAUUGUUAGGAUCUACUACCCCGCUUCAGAGAAAUACAAAAACGGAAGGGUCGAGGUGUACACACUCGGCAGUGGUGGGUGGAGAACUAUAGGUAGAACAUCUUACCAGUUGUUUACCCAACAACCUCUGGGAACCUAUGUAAACGGAUCUCUUUACUGGAUUGAUAAGAAGAAGAUCAUGGCUUUUAACCUGGUAGAUGAAGAAUUUCGACAAAUCCAUCCACCACCUUGCUAUGAUGAUCCUUCACACAACUGUAAUUACUGUUUUGAUAUGGUGCUAGCAUUGAAAGGGAAUUUGUACUUCUGUCAUCAAAACAAUGAAGAACAUCUUCUAGAUAUAUGGUCUCUGAAGAAAAACACAACAGAGGUGAGUUGGUGCAGGGACUUUAGUAUAGCAUACAACUCGGCUUGCGAAACGGAUGAUGAAUAUCCGGUUCACCCAUUGUUGAUUACAAAGAAGAAUGAAGUCAUCUUUGUGCACCAAGGUUCAACGCUUUAUUGUUAUGACCCAAAAACAAAUAUGGUGAUAAAACUUUGGGAUGAUGGUUCGAAGUCGGAGUUAAUAUGGCUUACUGCAUUUCCUCACAUGAACAGCUUUGUUUCAUUAAGAGCUCUAGGAGAGAUGGCCGAAAGUAAAAAGAAAUGAGACAGAGAAGCCUUGAAGACACUGAAUAUUGAUCAGUUAUUUUUUUUUGUUUUCUUUUGGUGCUAAAAUAUUGAUCAGUUUGAUGGAGUAGUUUUAUACAACUUUUUUUUCAAUCCUGUUAAAGGGGCGGCAUGUUCCAUUGGAGGGGCGGCAAGGAUGAUAGCAAUGUCCCUCUUAUUGAUUAGGAGAUGUCCUAUAGGGGGUGUAAAUUGACCAGAUUAUCCUACUCCUAUUUUUAACCUAAUGGAAUCAGAAAAAUCAAAACAG